GAGAGAGAGAGAGAGAGAGAGGAUCGACCGAACAUAAAAUACAAUAGACUAGCCGGGCGCGCCAAUUGUACUCUUAUAUACGAAUAAUAAUAAUAAGUGAAUUAAUGCAUAUGUAACACCCGCCGGCCGAAUCAUUCAUUCCAAAGAGGACUAAAAGUGAGUGAGUGGUCCGGUACGUUACGUGCUCAGACCAGACCCACCCAACAGUAGAAUAGGAAAAGAAUUGGGGAAUAGGAAUAGAUAAUUGAGCCAGACCUGACAAGUACACGUGUCGACCUCUUAACGUCCAACAGGUUAAUUUGUUAAUUAUUUUAUGCACUCUUUGCUCUUCUUGCAGACUAUAAAUCACAUCCCUCACCACACCCUUUUAAUUAUUUAGCUAGUUUCUGUUUAGCAAUUAGCGGUAUAUAGUAGAGUGUUAUAAUAUACAUAUACUAGUGUUAUAUUACUCAUCGUGUGUGUAUAUCUAUCUCAUCAAUUAUCUAUCAUCAUCUCCCCACACAGCUACAUCCUCCCCGCAACAUCUCCUCUCCUCUCAUCGCCCACCCCAGCUAGCUAGCUUGUUCGCAAUCAUUCAUUCAUCCCCUGCCCCCGGCCUAACUGUAUGUCCCUCCUCUCUUUCUCUUCCACCACCUCGAUAGAUCGCCCAAUCCAGACUCCCCGCAUUGCUUGCACGUCGUCACCGCUCUCUCAGUUUUCUGUUUCCUGCACCUGCCUGGAUAAUUGCACUAGUGAAGCAAUUCAUGAUUAGAGCUAUCUAGUUUUGUUUUGUUUUUUCUUUUUGUAUAAAUUAACUAAUUAAUCGACUCUGCUGAUCAAGCCAGCAAGCUAGCUAGCUAGCUAGCUAUCCAAUUUUGCCCUCUCACCACUCCCAGUCCCACUGCACUGCACUGAACUGCAUUCUAUCCUAGCUAGAUCGAGAUCGAUCGUCUGGAUCCGUCAAGCCCAAUGAUCAGAAGAAUUCUGAUUGGCCGCCGUUGCUGCUUAUGCUUCUCACCCCUCUUGAUAUUUGUCUUGUUCGGAAGUCAUGUGAUCGGCAAUGUGGGUGGUGCAAGGCAUCUGCAUCUGCAUCAGCACCGCCACCACCACCACCGCAUUGGCAGAACACAAAGGGAUAAAAACACAGCUGCACAAGUAGUCUCCCCUGCUCCCAGCCCUGACCCUCACGACGAGGAGAUCAUCAUCAGCAUCGGCGCCCCGGCCCCGGCCCCUCUCGCACCAGCUGCCCCGUCUGAUCCCGAUGACAACUCAAGCUGUAUUUUUGAUGUGACAGCGUUCGGGGCGGUUGGGGACGGAGCUACCGAUGACACCGAGGCCUUCAGAUCGGCAUGGAAAGAAGCGUGCCAAGUGGAAAACGGCGUAGUUUUGGUUCCUUCGGAGUUGGUGUUCGUCAUCACCUCCACAAUCUUUUCAGGACCCUGUCAGCCUGGUCUUGUCUUUCAGGUGGAUGGGGUGGUGAUGCCGCCGGAUGGGCCAGAUUGUUGGCCCAAAUCGGAUAGCAAGAAGCAGUGGCUUGUGUUUUAUCGGCUGGAGGACAUGACGCUGACGGGCACCGGCACCAUUGAAGGCCAAGGCUCCAAAUGGUGGGAUCUCUCGUGCAAACCUCACAGGGGUCCUAAUGGUUCGACUCUCCCGGGACCUUGUGAUAGCCCUGCGCUGAUUCGAUUCUUCCUGAGCUCCAAUUUGGUGGUGAGAGGGCUGCGCAUUCAGAACAGCCCCCAGUUCCACUUGAAAUUCGAUGGGUGCCGGGGCGUGCUCAUCGAUAGGCUCUCCAUCUCAUCCCCUAAACUGAGCCCCAACACAGACGGAAUUCACAUCCAGGAUACCAAAUCCGUCGGCAUCUACAACUCCGUCAUAGCCAACGGGGAUGAUUGCAUUUCAAUAGGACCAGGGUGCUCCGACGUUGAUAUAGAAGGCGUAACUUGUGGGCCUAGUCACGGGAUCAGCAUCGGGAGCCUGGGGGUGCAGAAGUCGCACGCCUGCGUGUCCAACGUGACGGUGCGCAACGCGGUGAUCAGGGAGUCGGACAACGGGGUGCGGAUCAAGACGUGGCAGGGGGGGACGGGGGCGGUGACGGGCAUAUCCUUCGCCGACAUCCAGAUGGAGAACGUGCGCAACUGCGUCAUCAUCGACCAGUACUACUGCCUGAGCAAGGCCUGCCGCAACGAGACCUCGGCGGUGCGCCUGUCGGGGGUGACCUUCAGGAACAUCAAGGGCACCUACGACGUGAGGAGCCCCCCCAUCCACUUCGCCUGCAGCGACACCGUGGCCUGCACCAACAUCACCAUGUCCGAGGUGGAGCUGCUGCCCUACAGGGGCCUGCUCGUCGACGACCCCUUCUGCUGGAAUGCCUACGGCGUGCAGGAGACGCUCACCAUCCCCCCCAUCGACGACUGCCUCCAGGACGGCAUGCCCCCCGACUCCCCCUCCCCCUCCGCCGCCGAUGCUCCUUUCUUCUACGGCUGCGCCUAGCUACCUGGAAUAAUCAAGUCUAUCUAGCUAGAUGAUCAUCACCAUCACCACACACACAUAUUAUAUAUACUAUAUAUAAUAAUCAAUGCAUACGAACUACAACAUCAUAUCAGAUAGACCCAUAUAAAUUCAGUCAGUGAACGAAACUAAUCAAUAAUACAAAUAUGCUCAAAUUUGGAGAUCAA